AUGUGCAUCGAGUCCGCUAUUUCAAUUGUUAAAGUCCUCGUCAUUUACGCAAAUAUCUACGGUUUUAGGAAGGCAAAUGUGCAGAUGGUUUCUUUUACUUUUUCUGCAGCACUGAUCUUGAUUUUCACAACUGUCCCUGCGCAAUUCAAAGGCCCUAAUAAGGAGCAUACCAAGUACCUUGGCAUAUGCUUCUGGGCUCUGGAUGAAAUGGGAGGCUGCUUUGAGAAUGCCAAACGAACAAGCACAUUCUUGAGCACACUUCAACAGCAGUGGCAUAAACGCAGACAUACUGUGACUGAACAAGAUAGCAAACGUGUGUCUGAGACCCAAGAGCAAUGUCACGACGACCAACCCUUCUCUGGGAAUGAACGGAACACUCAGGCAUGUUCUGAGUACUAUCAGCGUCGCUUAUCAAGACAGGUCUCUGCGUCCAUCGAUAUGGAUCUGCCAGCUGGCUACUGGACCCAAGACAAUAUAUCAGCUAGCGAAGAAACCUUGGACAUGGGAGAUUUCAUGAAUCUUGAUUUAUGCAACAUUUUGCUGAGUGAAGGAAUCCCCAGAUCAUUAGUCUAA